CAGAAUAACGGCACUUCCAUUCAUGUGCGCGUGUGCGAUGCCGCCCGACGCCGACGGCAGACGCGCAUCGUCCCGUGUUGACUUUACAACACUUUCUCCUCACGCGGCUCUGAAAGGUCAGAGGUGACCCGGCGCAGCCUCCGAUGGUGUGCGCGCUUGACGUCCAUCCUGCGUGGUCAUGUGACCUGGAAGCGAUUCCUGGGAUCCGCUCUCCACGUGCGCAAGCAUUUUGCUGCCGUGCAUGUGAAGAAGACGAGGAUGAAGAACGUGAUGACACAAGCGGUAAAAGUAUUUGAAGUAGAACAGAAGUCAUAGAAGAAUAGAAGUACUCAUUCAAAAAGUUUGUCUUUUCUUCUUUCUUUGUUUUUUUUUUUUGGGGAAGAAACCACUGCGCUGACCCGUUCGCUCGGGCUUCAGGAGCUUUGCUGGAGCUAUUUUGGAAUAUACACCUCUGGAAAAGAAACGCACCGGACCCCGGACUGUUGAAUCCGUAUCGGAAUCGGAAUCGGAAUCGGAAUGAUCUUUAUCUGCCAAGUACGUCCCAAAAAAGCACACAAGGGAUUUGUCUCCGGCAGUCGGACGACAACGCGACGUCCCCACUUCGUUGGAAUUGGGCUUGCGCAACUCAUUCCGUGACAUUUUCCUGAUGUUUCGUCAUUUCCGACGAACGCGUCGACAGGAAUCGUCAUUGUUUCCUCCCAAAAGGUGGAGGAAAACCAUGUGUUUCGGGGAACUUACCGCAUGUUUGUUCUUUACACAAAUAAGAAACUGAGAACGAAAACACGAGGGAAUGGAAAAAAAGAAAAAUAGGAUAGCAUGUUGACCUAAUGACAAACGAGCACAAUUCAUUCAUGAGGACGAUAUGGCUUCAUAUGACAACCAGAUGAGUGAACGCUCCAAAAUGAUGAGAGAAAACUGUUCCAAAGUCAAAUGUUCUUUUAUCGUCUUCUUCAAACGUGAAACGACGAGUCGCACUUUUCCCACAUCUCAAACCGACUAAUGGAGGUCAAGGUCCAAUUUGGAAAAAUAGCUCACGUUCGAGACGGCGGCAGAAGGGCACCCGGCCGCAGAGAGCCAAUCGCCAGCGUCGGCUUCAGGAGGCAGAAGUGACGCGUGCGCCGACUUUUCCAAUGUGAUCACGUCAAAUACGGAACGACGGAAGCUAACCAUUGUAGCUUGUGGUAAGCGAGUAUUUGUACUUCGUGACUUCCCGCCGCUGCGUGAUGACGUCACGAAGGUCCAAAGACUCAGCAAGUCUGUUGUGCUCUUUUUCCUUUUUUUUUCCUUGGAGUUCUCACGCCGCCUACUUAACGUAGCGGCGGUGACGUCACCGGCGAAGGUGGGUCGGCUAUAAAAAGGCGCGCGCGUCCGUCCGUCACUUUGCUUCAACUUCGCGCUCGUCGAGACUUCAGCUUGGAGGCGCAUUCGUGCCCCGACCGGCCGAGACGAGACGAGAGGAAGAAGAAGAAGAAGAAGAAGAAGAAGAAGCAGCCGCCGCGCGAGUGUCGCCCACGUGUGCGUGCGGCCGCCGCCAUGUUCCACGUGGCGCACUUGGGCAAUCUGUGGGCCGCGACGGGCGCGUCGACGUGGCUGCCGUGCGCGCUCCUGGCGCUGGCGCUCACGCGUGCGCUGUGGGCUUUCCGGUGGAGGCUGACCAGGGACCCCCGCAACCCGCUGCCCCUGCCGGGGGGCUCCAUGGGCUGGCCCGUGGUCGGCGAGACGCUACACUGGCUGGUGCAGGGCUCCGACUUCCACGUCUGUCGCAGGCGGCGCCACGGCAACGUGUUUAAGACGCACCUCCUGGGCAAACCCGUCAUCCGGGUGACGGGCGCCGAAAACAUCCGCAAGAUCCUGAUGGGCGAGCACAGCCUGGUGUGCACGCAAUGGCCGCAGAGCACGCGCAUCAUCCUGGGACCCAACACGCUCGUCAACUCCACCGGCGACGCCCACGCGAGGAAGAGGAAGGUGCUGGCCAAAGUGUUCAGCAGAGGCGCUCUGGAGUCGUACCUGCCGCGCCUGCGGGACGUGGUGCGCCGCCAAGUGGCCGAGUGGUGCGCGCGGCCCGACGCCGUGGACGUCUACGCCGCCGCCAAGUCGCUGACGUUCCGGAUCGCCGUGAGCGCCCUGCUGGGUCUGCGGCUGGACGAGGAGCGGGUGGUCUACCUGGGCGCCAUCUUCGAGCAGCUGAUGGACAAUCUCUUCUCGCUUCCGUUCGACGCGCCGCUCAGCGGCCUGCGCAAGGGGAUCCGAGCCCGAGAGAUCCUGCACGCCAACAUGGAGAAGAUUAUCGCGGAGAAGAUGGAGCAACGGCGCAACGAACAUCUGGACGCCUUUGACUACAUGCUGUCCGGCGCCAAGGAGCACGGCCAGGACCUGAGCGUCCAGGAACUCAAGGAAACGGCCGUGGAGUUGAUUUUCGCCGCUCACUCCACCACCGCCAGCGCGUCGACAUCUCUGCUGCUGCAGCUCCUCUGCCACCCGGCCGUGGUCCGACGCCUUAAAGCCGAGCUGGACGCCGAAGGCCUCACGAGCACCGGAGAAGGUGGCGAAGGUCUUCGGGCGCACUUGAGCCUGGACGAGAUGAGCCGGCUGCGCUACUUGGACUGUGUCAUCAAAGAGGUUCUGCGCUUCCUGCCGCCAGUUUCUGGAGGGUACCGGACCGCCUUGCAGACCUUUGAGUUGGAUGGCUACCAGGUCCCCAAAGGCUGGAGCGUCAUGUACAGCAUCAGGGACACGCACGAGACCGCCGCCGUCUUCCGAGCUCCAGAACUCUUUGACCCGGAACGCUUUGGGCCGGACCGCGCGGAGAACCACUCGUCCCGCUUCAGCUACGUGCCCUUUGGCGGUGGCCUGCGGAGCUGCGUGGGCAAAGAACUGGCCCAGAUCGUUCUAAAGACUUUGGCCGUGGAACUGGUGGCGACGUGCAAAUGGACCCUGGCCACCAGGGACUUCCCCAAAAUGCAGACGGUGCCUAUCGUGCACCCCGUCAACGGACUCCACGUGCGCUUCACGCAAAACCGGCAGCUUAGUUAAGUAAGACUGCCUGGUCCGAAAGACCUGCGUGGUAGUCCCCCCCCCCCCCCCCCCCCCGUGUUUGUGUGUGUUCUGCUGACAUGAAACAUGUCUGUAGCACGGCGGGUUAUCUCCUGUAUCCACGUUUCGGGACCUUCUCGGACUCAGCGCUGCAUCAACUCUGGUCUCGUGCGGAAAGAGUCCGCUCCUGCAACACUCGAGACACGCCCACAACAGACACACCCGAGCAACACAUUCAGACCUGACAUCAGCAGAUUCACUCCUGGUAAUACACGUUCACACCUAAUGGACUCCUCAAGCCCAAUUCCAAUGAAGUUGGGACGUUGUGUUCAACAGAAAUACAAACAGAAUCCAAUCAUUUGCAAAUCAUGUUCAAGCUAUAUUUCAUUGAAUGCACUACAAAGACAAGAUCUUUCAUGUUCAAACUGAUCAACUUGAUUGUUUUGAGCAAAUAAUCCUGAACUUUGACUUUUCUGGCUGCAACAGGUUCCAAAAAAGUUGGGACAGGCGGCAAAAAAGUUGAGGAAGUUGAGGAAUGCUCAUGAAACACCCGUUUGGAACAUCCCACAGGUGAACAGGCUCAUUGGGAACAGGUGGGGGCCAGGAUUGGGUAGAAAGUUCGGCGGUUAUACAGUUCAGCGCUACGUCCGUAAGUGCAACUUGAAACUCUACUAUGCAAAGCAAAAGCCAUUGAUCAACAACAGCCAGGAACGCCGCCGCCUUCUCUGGGCCGAGCUCAUCUAAGAUGGAAAAGUGUUCUGUGGUCCGACGAGUCCGCAUUUCAAAUUGUUUUUGGAAAUUGUGGACAUGGUGUCCUCCGGGCCAAAGAGGAAAAGAACCAUCCGGACUGUUUUGGACGCAAAGUUCAAAAGCCAGCAUCUGUGAUGGUGUGGGGCUGUGUUAGUGCCAAUGGCAUGGGGAACUUACACAUCUGUGAAGGCACCAUUCAUGCUGAAGGGUACAUACAGGUUUUGGAGAAACAUAUGCUGCCAUCCAAGCAACGUCUUUUUUACGGACGUCCCUGCUUAUGUCAGCAAGACAAUGCCAAACCACAUUGUGCACGUGUUACAACAGCGUGGCUUCGUAGUAAAAGAGUGCGGGUACUAGAAUGGCCUGCCUCCAGUCCAGACCUGUGUCCCAUUGACAAUGUGUGGCGCAUUAUAUUCUUCUUCUUCUUCUUCUUCUUAAAAUACGACAACGGAGAGAGACCCCGGACUGUUGAACAGCUGAAGCUGUACAUCAAGCAAGAAUGGGAAAGAAUUCCACCUCCAAAGCUUCAACAAUUAGCGUCCUCAGUUCCCAAACCUUUAUUGAAUGUUGUUGAUAGAAAAGGUGAUGGAACACAGUGGUAAACAUGGGACCCUGUCCCAAAUUUUUGGGAGCCUGUUGCAGCCAUCAAAUUCUAAGUUCAUGAUUAUUUGCUCAAAACAAUCAAGUUGAUCAGUUUGAACAUGAAAGAUCUUGUCUUUGUCGUGCAUUCAAUGAAAUAUAGGUCGAACAUGAUUCGCCAAUCAUUGCGUUCUGUUUAGCACAACGUCCCAACUUCAUUGGAACCGGGCUUGUACGUUUACACUUGAUAUCAACAGACUCAAACCUGACACAUUUCACACCUGAUGUUAAAACGCAUUCAGACCUGGUAUCAAUCCAUAUUCACACCUGAAUUUGUCAAUCUCAGCUGGUAUUCCAUUCACAACUGAACUCAGCGCACGUUGGUACCCGAGCGAUGUCAAUGCAGAUUAACGGCUGAUAUCGACACACGUUCGCACCAGAUAUGAAUUGUCAUUUCCACGCGAUAACAAGACAACGUUGGCACGUCAACGGAACAUCCGUUCACAACUGAACUCAACACAAACAGAUUCGCACCUCGUAGGAACACAUUUCAGCUCGACACAUUCACACACUUUGUCGCAACAAGUUUACGUGUGAUCUCAGCAACCUAAUAAAGUGGGCAGCGUGCGAGUGUGUGGGAGAACGCGCGUGAGAUGAAGUGGAAGUUGAAAGCGGAGGAUGCUGUCAAAUGAACUGAUGAUGACGAUGAUGGUGACCAAUAAUCCGCAGGAGUUCGCUCUGAUGUUUUUGGACUCUUUGUGUGCGUGCGCGUGCAGAUUGUGUAGAUGUUGUAUCGUGGCUGUCAAUGAACAAUUCAAUUGUUGUUUUGAA